UCGACGGGGAUACAUUGAGACCAAUCACUCACUCAUGUCAUAUGAUGAAUGCAUGGUACAGUCCUCUCCGUCGUCCAUCCAUUCAUCCCGCCACGUCUGUAUGGCACGCCACACCAGAUCAUCUGGUCAUCCCUUCAACGCUCCUGGCUGUUGAGUAUGCGGUUGUCCUGAAGGACUUUUCCUCCUCUCUGCUCCCCGAGAUCUCACCGUGGCCAAGCAGAGAGGAGCAGAGAGGAGCAAGCAGUCCAAGACAACCGCACGCUGGACAGCAAGGAGAUUGAUCAGCUCAUAAGCCGGCACAACACACCAUCAGGCAGCCACGUCUGCACAGCCCCAACCACCUCACGAAAGACGCACUAGCUGGCGAGAUGCAUCCCAAUAUCGCCCAUCGACAUGGACACUCACUCAUACACACACAGCAGCUGGCUAUCGACACACAGGUCAUUCGUCGUCUUCCUCCGCUGCCCUUGCGUCUCUUCGACGGAUCUCUACCCUUGCGUCUCUACGACGCUACCUACAGUCACUACGUAAGCCUCCUCUUAAUGCGACCUGACACACACACACACACACACACACACCGAGUGAGCCAGCGUCCGCAAAGUCCCACGACACGAACACGCAGACUGACCUCGCUUCUUGAUGGGUGGCUCCGAGUCGUCGUCAUCGUCAUCCUCAUCCAUCUUGCUAGCCGCCCCCUCAGCACCGCCCCCGCCCCCCUCGGCCUGACCAGCCGCCCUCUGCUUCACACCAACACCUACCUGCACUCAUGCACACAAAACAAAACGAGAUGGCCGCAUGAGCGCAUCCAUCCGUGCCUUCUGGUGUGGCGCCCACCUUGUCUGUUUCCCCAUCGUCGUCUCGCUUGGAUUGGGCGGCUGCUGCUGCUGCUGCCUCCCCUUCCUCCUUGUGUUUGGCCGCCGUGGCCUUCUGCUCCUUCUCCUUUUGCCUCUCCUUCUCCUCGCGUUUGAUCCUCUCCCUCUCUUCCUUAUUCUUGGCCUUGUUGUGCUUGUGCUGGGCCGCCAUGGCUUUCAUCAGGGCGCCCCUGUCAGGCCUCUUCUCAUCCGCCGCACAGCCAUACGCUGCCUCGUCGUCAUCGUCAUCAUCGGUAUCCAUGUACUCGUCCUCGCUGUCGCCACCGCCACGGAGCUUCUUGGCCUGCCCCUUGCCCUUCCCCUGACGCGCCCCUGGGCGACCUGACGGCAACACAGAGAGGGACAAGGAAUAUGUUCGUCUGCACACAGAGAGGAGAAGCAAUAUGUUCGUCUGUCGGUGGUUGGAUGGAUGGAUAGAUGGAUGGAUGGAUGGGAGCAUGCAGUGCAGGAGGGUGUGAGUAUGUCCCGACCCCAAGCAUCCCCGCAUCUAGCAGCAAGGAUACCAACAUAGUCCAGGACUCGCUUGAUCUACGGUUGGCCAAAGGCCCUUAGCGACGGGUGGGUGAAAGAAAUAAUCAGCCCAUCGAGGGUUUGGAUCCAACCAGUCACUCACUUGCGCCUGCCUGCCUGCCCGCCCAGGCCUUUCCUCCGUCAUAGGUACCUACCUGAUUUUGCGCGUGCCUCUUCGUGGUUGUUCACGUGUUCCUCGGACUUCAUCUGUUCCGCUUGCUUGUUGAAACGCUGGGCAGGGGAGGGAGCAAGACAAAGACAGACAGGUGGGAUGAUUUCAUUUGUAGUGCAUGGUGCUGUGUUUUGUGUUGUUCCUCUCUGGCGCGUCGCUCAGCCGCUGACCGUCUUGACGAGUUUGGGCAGGCUGGUCCACUUCUUCUUGGCGGCGUGCCACAACUCAUACGUCGUCCGCUCGGGAUUGCACUCCUGAAACGCGCACACACACACACACGCAUCAUAUCGACAAGUGUUCCAUCCAUCAUGCCCCCCUCCCUGCCUCCCUCUCCUCUUGUGAUGGGUGCUGACUGACGGACCACUAGAUACUCGAGACAGUCAGCGCUGAAUAUGUCCACCCCGCCCCUCUCCUGCUUGUCCCCCUCCCCCUCGCCAUCGUCCUCCCCCUCCCCGCCCCCCUUGUCCUUCUUAGUGGCCUUCUUGCCACCCUUGCUGCUGAUGGCCUCCCUGCCCUUUAUCACCGUUUUGGCCACAUCCAGGGCGGACGGAAGGGGCAGCUGGAAGGCCGGCGUCACCGACACGAGGUGAGAUCUGCUGUCCUCCGCUAACUUGCGGUGCCCCUGCACAUUGCAGAUCUAGGUAUGGGAUGGCCUGUGGAGAUGCCAUGUGUUUUCGUACCUGCCUGGCCGCCUCAGGGGUGUCCUUCCACUCCUCUGCACACACACAGGACGAGAGCAGACACGAACGAACACAUGAGGAGAUCCAUCCAUUGGCCUUGUGAGUUGUGGCAAUGCCGAUGGCUCACUGUCGACUUGGUGGAAUAUGUCGGCCUCCUUGUCUCCAGACAGCUCCCCCUUGGCCUUGUGUUCCUUCCAUUUUUUGAACAAAAACAUGGUGUAGCCCGUUAUGGGCGGCAGACACGACAUCACGCUGUAAUAGCUAAGCCGAGCGAUGACACAGCGCUCCCCUAUCGCAUCCCUUCC